AUGGAGAACUACCUGAAUCAGAAUUUCGGAGGGGUGAAGUCGAAGAACACGUCGGAGGAGGCUCUCCAGCGAUGGCGGAACCUCUGCGGCGUCGUCAAGAAUCCCAAGCGACGGUUUCGUUUCACCGCCAACCUCUCCAAGCGCUGGGAGGCUGCGGCCAUGAAACGCACUAAUCACGUUAGUCUCUUCCACCGGGGAUCCCUUUCUUGCUCUCUCCUCUGGUUCUCCUCUUUCAUUGGAUCUGGUCGGUAUUCUAUCCCUCGUUCGAUCACCUCGACAACGAAAUGUCCUGCUAAAUACAAGCAGGCUAGGUUUGAUUGAUUUCACGGAUCCAAAGAUUCAUCAGCCUUGGACAUUUUGCAUUUCUUCAGACUGACUUCCUCUUCCCCGCUGUUUGCAGGAGAAGUUGAGAAUCGCUGUUCUUGUCUCAAAGGCUGCGCUCCAGUUUAUACAAGGUAGAGAUCUAAAUUGUAUCUGCUCUUGCUCUGGGAUGUAACCACUGAUUUGUCGAGCGAUACGUAUCCAAUUCCCAUUCUAAAUUCCUAUUGUUUCUCCAUCAAGGCAUUUCUCCGUCUAGCGAAUAUGUGGUGCCGGAGGAAGUUAGGGCAGAAGGCUUUCAGAUCUGUGCAGAAGAACUGGGAUCAAUUGUCGAGAAGCAUGAUUUGAAGAAACUGAAGGCCCAUGGGGGGGUGGAGGGCAUAGCAACCAAGCUAUCUACUUCGACCUCCGAGGGGAUCAACGAUUCAGCAGACAAGCUGAAGCGGAGGCAGGAGAUUUAUGGGAUCAACAAAUUCACAGAGAGCCAGCCCCGGAGUUUCUGGCUGUUCGUCUGGGAAGCCCUUCACGACAUGACUCUGAUGAUUCUCGGGGUGUGCGCCCUCGUGUCCCUCGUUGUCGGGAUCACCAUGGAAGGAUGGCCGAAGGGCGCCCACGAUGGCCUCGGAAUUGUGGCGAGCAUCCUCUUGGUCGUCUUCGUCACAGCCAUCAGCGAUUACAGGCAGUCCUUGCAGUUCAAAGAUUUGGACAAGGAGAAGAAGAAGAUCUCCAUGCAAGUGUGGAGAAAUGGGGACAGGCAAAAUAUGUCGAUAUACGAGCUUCUUCCCGGAGACAUCGUCCACCUGGGAAUCGGUGACCAAGUUCCUGCUGAUGGAUUAUUCGUGUCCGGGUUCUCUCUCCUGAUCAAUGAGUCAAGCUUGACAGGAGAGAGCGAACCGGUGGGGGUCAACGAGGAAAAUCCCUUCCUCCUGUCAGGAACCAAGGUCCAAGAUGGGUCUUGCAGGAUGAUAGUGACGACAGUUGGGAUGAGGACCCAGUGGGGCAAGCUCAUGGCCACUCUCAGCGAAGGUGGGGACGACGAGACCCCUCUGCAGGUAAAAUUGAACGGAGUUGCCACCAUAAUCGGGAAGAUCGGUCUGUUUUUCGCCGUCGUGACAUUUGCGGUGCUCGCACAAGGCCUUCUCACCCGGAAGUUUAACGAUGGCUCCUACCUGAGCUGGACCGGAGACGACGCCCUGAAGAUGUUGGAGUACUUCGCCGUGGCGGUCACCAUCGUGGUGGUCGCCGUCCCCGAGGGGCUGCCCUUGGCUGUCACACUGAGCCUCGCCUUCGCCAUGAAGAAGAUGAUGAACGACAAAGCGCUGGUCCGCCACCUCGCGGCCUGUGAGACGAUGGGAUCCUCCACGAGCAUCUGCAGCGACAAGACUGGGACGCUGACUACCAACCACAUGUCUGUUGUGAAAGCUUGCAUCUGCGGAAAGACAGAGGACGUCGGCGACACAAAACAGGCUCUGAAUCUGUGCUCCCAGAUUCCAGAUGCUGCUGUUAAGAUUCUUCUGCAAUCUAUAUUUUGCAACACGGGCGGGGAGGUCUGCUCAAGGAGAGAUGGAAGCAUUGAGAUCCUUGGAACGCCGACCGAAACUGCCCUACUCGAGUUCGGUUUAUCUCUCGGAGGGGAUUUCUCGGCCGAGAGUCGGGAAGCUAAGCUGGUCAAGGUCGAGCCUUUCAAUUCUGCGAAGAAGAGAAUGGCCGUCGUGAUAGAGCUCCCCGGAGGGGGGCUCCGCGCCCAUUGCAAGGGGGCUUCGGAGAUUGUGCUCGGCAUGUGUGACAAGGUUCUGGACUCUGCUGGCGACGUCAUCCCCUUGGAUGAAGCAACAAGGAGCCAUCUGGAGGGUACAAUAGAGAGCUUCGCCAGUGAAGCCCUUCGGACCCUGUGUCUCGCUUAUAUGGAAGUAGAUGACGGAUAUUCCCCCAAAGAAGAUAUUCCUACCAAGGAAGGUACUUGCAUUGGAAUUGUGGGCAUAAAAGAUCCGGUCCGCCCGGGUGUGAAGGAGUCUGUUGCAGUCUGUAGGUCAGCUGGGAUAACCGUCAGGAUGGUCACUGGAGACAAUAUAACCACUGCAAAGGCGAUUGCUAGAGAAUGCGGCAUCCUCACUGACGAGGGCAUAGCCAUUGAAGGCCCAGAGUUUCGAGAGAAGUCUCUUGAGGAGAUGAUGGACCUGAUUCCAAAAAUUCAAGUAAAUCUUCUGACCCAUCUCUUUUCCUGGCCAUUUUCCAGCGUCUAGAACUGAUAGAUAUCCAUAUUCUCUCCUUAUUCCAGGUCAUGGCCAGAUCUUCGCCAUUAGACAAGCAUAUGUUGGUGAAGCAUCUGAGAACCAUGUUCAAGGAAGUUGUUGCUGUGACUGGUGAUGGCACCAACGACGCUCCAGCGCUUCAUGAAGCGGAUAUUGGGCUGGCAAUGGGUAUUGCGGGAACCGAGGUACACCUUUUCGUUACUGAUCACACUAUCCUUCAAUCUGUUCCUGGCCUUGAAAAUUGAUUACCACCCACGCACGCUGACAUUACUACUUCGCACAGGUCGCAAAAGAAAGCGCUGAUGUCAUCAUUUUGGAUGACAACUUCUCUACCAUCGUUACCGUGGCAAAGUGGGGGCGUUCUGUUUACAUCAACAUUCAGAAAUUUGUGCAGUUUCAACUCACUGUUAAUGUGGUUGCCCUAAUUGUCAACUUCUCCUCAGCAUGCCUGACAGGUAUGCACAAUGGUUUUCUCUAUUUGAACAUAAUAGAGGAGAGGAAACCUUAUAGGUAGUACCUAUCGGCUUUUUGUUUGAGUUUCUUUUCCCACAUCAUGUUAAAUAAUGGGAUCAUCUUGCCAAAAAUGGCUUGGCUCUUCUAAUUGCUAUUUUUUUCCCCAAAUUGUUCCAGUACCCAUUCCUGGAAAAUAUAUCAUGCUUAUGUUUUCUCUCCAAUUUCUUCUUAGAUCCAUUUCCAUAAAUAGAUUUUAUCCAUCUCUCAUCCCCCAUAACUGUGUUAACACCACUUCCAAAAUGAGAUUACGUUCAUUUUCAUCCCCCAUAUCUUGUUUUAUGCCCACCUCAAAAACACUUGUUUCUUGCGUUACCCUCACUUCAGAAUAUUUUUUUUCCUUUCAACAACAGCCAUGCUGAGGCUCACAACACUUGACGGUGUUUUCUGUGGUUUAGGGCGCACUCCACUCACUGCGGUCCAAUUGCUCUGGGUCAACAUGAUCAUGGACACCCUUGGGGCCCUUGCUCUGGCCACUGAGCCCCCUCAUAAGGACCUAAUGAAAAGAACCCCCGUCGGAAGGGGAGGGAACUUCAUCAGCAAUGUCAUGUGGAGAAACAUCCUGGGGCAAUCGUUCUAUCAGUUUAUAGUCAUCUGGUAUCUUCAGACAGAAGGGAAGAGGGUGCUCACCCUGUCUGGCCCCCACGCAGAUCUCACACUGAAUACAAUUAUAUUCAACUCCUUCGUCUUCUGCCAGGUACCCCUCCGAUCCUUCCUUUUGGUCUAAUCGACUGAAAAUUUUCUGGAGAUCGCCUUUUUUUAUUUCGUGUCGGUGUGAUUAUUAGGGUUAUCAACGAGCUAUGAAAGGUAGAUGCCCAGCCCAGCAAAGCCCAGUUCUUUCUGGGCUUGGGCAUCAUCAAGGUUAACACAGGAAAGAAAAAUAGGUCUGAAUUAGACUUGCCUGGUCCUCAUCUGGGUCAUCUCCGGGCUUUUUAUAGGGUAUUGGCCCAGAAUCCAGACUGGUAUAUUGGAGUGACUGACAAUGGAACAGGUUUAAUAAAUCAAAAAAGGGUAUAUAAAUACUAGUAUAAAUCAUUUUAUCCACACCCAUUUGUCUUUUCUCUCUCUUUUUUUUUCCCCCCAUGAAAUUUGCAUUAAAGACUGGAAUUGGAGAGAAAGUCUUCCUGAAAUGGUUAUGCCCAAGACUUUUUAGGCAUGUUCAUCUCCCACGAACAGAUCUGAAUUGGUCGGAGAGAAGUCAGAAAACAUGAGGGAAUCAGCAGAGGAAGGGACCCUCUAUCAGGGCCCCCCUCUUCUUCUCUGUUUUUGCAUCCCGCCAUGUCGAUUUCGGUUAUCUGGAAUGAUGUUUUAUGCCAUCUCCAUCAUUCCUUUUUGCCAACUGAACUCGUGAAUCUUCUUCUUCUCCUCCUGUUCAGGUCUUCAACGAGAUCAGCUCCAGAGAAAUGGAGAAGAUUGACGUCUUCCGGGGCAUCCUGAAGAACUACGUGUUCGUGGGCGUCCUCUCCUUCACGGCCAUCUUCCAGGUCCUGAUCGUCCAGUUCCUCGGAGACUUCGCCAACACGACACCCCUCUCCCUCGUGCAGUGGUUCAUCUGCGUGGCGAUUGGCUUCUUGGGCAUGCCCGUGGCCGCCGCCAUCAAAUUCAUCCCCGUGAGCUCCAAGUGA